AUGGCUCUCUUGGAGAUGUCUCUGAAUAUUCAGGAGACCGAGGCUACGGGCCGCAAGAGAAGCCAUGAUGAGUUCGCAGGGGAGUCCGUCAAGGUGGAGGACUCCGAAGACACCAAGAUGCAGACUUGCAGCCAGGCCGAGGGUGAAUGCAGUCUACCCUCUAUCGCUGUAACAGGCAGCCAAUCCACCUCACAGGCGACACCAGAUCUUACCGAGGCCGGCAGUAGCACUCCCACCCGCAAAUCCCCCUCGCCCCAGACGCCGAUCAAAGACCAAACGUUACUGAAACCAAUUGUAAUUGCAUCCGCAUCGAAGUCACCAGCGAACCCACCGAAACGAAAGAAGUUGACUCCUGCCGAAAAGGAGGCUCGUGAAAAGGAGCUUGCAAAGCAGAAGGAAGAGCGUGAAGAGAAGGCUGCCAUCCGAGCUGUUGAGAAAGCCAAGGCUGAAGCGGAAAAGGCUGCCAAAGCUAAGGAACGCGAGGAGAAGAGACGCGAGAAGGAGGAAGAAAAGAAGGUGAAGGAUGAGGAAAGGAAGAAAAAGGAGGAGGAAAAGAAGCGAAAGGAGGAGGAGGCAGAGAAGAAGGCUCGUCAGCAACGAACACUCGGCUCUUUCUUCAAGGUUUCCAACACCCCUAAGAAGGCUGAUGACAGUGCCAACGCCAAGAACGGCACAUUUCGAGACGGAAGCCCCGUCAAAGGUGUCAGUCAGGUGUCAAAGUCAGAGUACGAGAAGUUGUUCAAGCCAUUCUUCGUCAAGGACAGCACAACAAUGGCCCCCCUUGGACCCCAGAUGGACGACGAAACACGCCAACUCAAGUCAAAGAUCCUGGACGAAUGCAUUGGUGGUCAGCGGGCAGAAGAGCUUCAAAAGGGUGCUUCAUUCGACCCUGUGCGUUUGCUUGCCUUGCCCGGCAAACCCCGAAAGCGAGGCAGGCUCCAUCAUCCUGUUAGUCACAUUAUGGAACACGUCUACAAGGAGACAGAGAAGUCGGACAAUGCUGGAGCGGACAACGCCGAUAAGAUCAUGCGAGAGGCACGAGAGAAGCUGUCCAAGGUGCCGAUGAAGGUGAUUGCCUUUUCACAAGACGUUCGGCCCCCUUACUAUGGAACUGUUACUUUGAAGACGUUCGCUCUUGGCAAGGAUAAUAUGAGCCAACUGGCUCGCAAGCCAACAAGACGAGGACUGCCUCUGGACUACGACUAUGAUUCGGAAGCUGAAUGGCAGGAGGAGGAAGGAGAAGACUUGGACGUUGACGAUGACGAAGAGGAGCUGGAUGAUGAGGAUGACAUGGAGGGCUUCCUCGACGACUCUGAAGAUGCCGGUCUAUCUCGACGACUUUUUUCCAACACAUUGGAGCCGGAAAGCACUGGAAUAUGCUUUGAAAAUGGGGGCGUUGUGGCGAAUCAAGUUGUCUACGAGCACAAGAUGGAGUUUAUGCAUGAUGGACUUCCGCAGUCAUGGGGCAUUGAUCCAUUCUCUACGGAAUACUGGGAACCUGAAAACAAAACCAAGACGACCAAGGUUACCAAGGCUGCUGAGAGCGGUAUCAAAAUGCCUCCUCCACCAACGCCUACCAAUGCAUUCGCAGCAAUUACUGGUGGAAGCAGCGCAAGCGGCGGCGAUGCGCCUAAGCUCGUCAAGUCAGAGCUCAUGGAUGACGUGAAGCGGGCAAUUCUUGACAACAAGGCGUUAUCCAAGGUUGGAAUCAUUGACUUUGUGUUUCACCUUUUCCGAGAGCACGUAUCUCGAAUAGAGGUGAAGAACACGAUUGAACUCGUGGCAGAGAAGACGGGCAAGGGUCGCUCCAAGGAAUGGGCACUGAAGCACGGUCAUGAGAUUGUCUCGUGA